AUGUAUGUAUUACUUUCAGUACAAAUUGAAGAAAAACCAAUAGUGAAUGUAUGUGUACCAUCUCCUUGUGGACCUAACAGUAUAUGCGAAAGUGCUCCUAACGGAAAUAGUCCGAUUUGCACAUGUCAACCGACAUUUGAAGGAACUCCACCACAGUGCCGACGAGAAUGCGCUGCAAAUGAUGAUUGCCCUUCAAACAAAGCUUGUGUUAACUACAAAUGUAAAGAUCCUUGUCCUGGGUCAUGCGGCACUAACACAAUUUGUAACGUUCACUUGCACAGUCCAAUGUGCUCUUGUCAAAGUGGCUACACCGGUGAUCCAUUUACGUCAUGCUAUAUAAUACCUGCUGCAAUUGAACCAUUAGAUCCAUGCGAUCCAACACCUUGCGGUGCCAAUUCCCAAUGCAAGGUUUCAGGAAGUGGUGCUGCUGCCUGUUCGUGUAAUCCUGGAUACUUUGGUAAUCCUUACGAAUCUUGUAGACCAGAAUGUGUUGUGAAUACAGAUUGCUUAUACAACAAAGCAUGUGUAAGGAACAAGUGUGAAGAUCCAUGUCCCGGAGUAUGUGGCUCAGCUGCAAUUUGUGAAGUGAUAAACCAUAUUCCAACAUGUAGUUGUCCACCGGGAUAUACUGGAAACGCGUAUGCGUAUUGCCAUGUCAUUAUACGUGAGCCAGCUGUGAUUCCUCAAAAUCCGUGCAUUCCAAAUCCAUGUGGAAGUAAUGCUCUAUGCAACAAUAACAACGGUACGGCAUCAUGUGCGUGCAUGCCGAACUUCAUGGGAGCUCCACCACGCUGUCGUCCCGAAUGUACUGUCAAUUCGGAAUGUGAAAUCACAAAGAGUUGCUUCCAACAAAAAUGUAUUGAUCCUUGUGUGGGAACAUGUGGCCAAAAUGCGGAGUGCAGAGUUGUUAACCAUGCACCGAUAUGUUCUUGCUUAAAAGGUUUUGAGGGAGAUCCAUUUGUUAGAUGCGCUAUUGUUGAAAGACCUCCAGAACCAGAAAUUAAUCCUUGCGUACCAUCUCCGUGUGGACCUAACGCUGUUUGUCAAGCCGUAAACAAAAUACCAAUGUGUUCUUGCUACGAACAUUACAUCGGAGCCCCACCCAACUGUAGAGCGGAAUGUAUUGUGAACUCUGAUUGUCCUAGCACUAAAGCUUGUAUAAACAAGAAAUGUGUAGACCCGUGCCCAGGCUCCUGCGGUUUGCAAACUGAAUGCCAAGUUCACAUGCAUGCUGCUAUAUGUAGCUGCAAAGAAGGAUACACAGGUGAUCCCUUCCAGAGCUGCCAUGAGAAGAUAAGUAUAGAUGCUGACCCAGAGGUUUACGACAAAUGUAAUCCAAGUCCGUGUGGAGCAAACGCAGAGUGCAAUGACGGUACGUGCAUGUGCAGGACGAACUACUUUGGAAACCCGUACCUUAGCUGUCGCCCAGAAUGUACUCAUAAUGCUGACUGCGCUACCAGCUUGACUUGUGUCAACAACAAAUGCAUAAACCCUUGCAUCAACUUAUGCGGCCAGGGAGCAACGUGCGAAGUUUACAACCACAUUCCUAUGUGUAGUUGUCCAUCCAAUAGCACUGGGAACGCUUUCUUCUCGUGUACUCCGAUAUCAGUUAUUCCAGAAAAGAAGAAUCCUUGUGAACCAUCUCCUUGUGGACCCUAUAGCGUAUGUCGAAUUAAUUUCGGCCAAGCCAUAUGUUCAUGUUUAUUAGGCUACAUUGGUACACCACCAUCCUGCAGACCUGAAUGCUUAGUGGAUUCUGACUGCACUACUGUACUAUCUUGCUCCAAUCAAAAAUGUAUUGACCCAUGUAGAGGUUCAUGUGGAAUCAAUGCUCAAUGCAGAAUACACAACCACAAGCCUAUAUGCUACUGCGAAAAUGGUUACACAGGAGAUCCGUUCACUCACUGCACUGUAGUUGAAAGAAUACCACUACCAACUAAAGAACCGUGCGAGCCUUCACCGUGUGGACCUAACUCUAUUUGUCGCGCUGUUAAUGAAGUACCGUCUUGCUCAUGCAUGACUGGUUAUAUGGGACGCCCACCAUACUGUCGACCCGAAUGUGUCACGAAUAGCGAAUGCAGUUUCGACAAGGCUUGUGUCAACAAUAAGUGCGCCGACCCUUGCGUCGGUGCCUGUGGUAUAAAUGCGGAAUGCCGAGUUAUUAGUCAUUCACCGCAAUGUGUAUGCCACCCUGGUUAUGAAGGAGACGCAUUCUACAGAUGUUCUCCGAUAGCAAUUUCACCGCCUACACCUCCUACUGUAAUAGUACAACCAUGCGUGCCAAACCCCUGCGGUCCAAACGCUAUAUGCCAAGAACGUGAUACCGCCGGCAUGUGCAUGUGUGCUACUGGCUUCUUCGGAGAUCCCUAUGAGGGAUGUAGACCAGAAUGUAUUGUAAAUUCGGAUUGUCCUCAAUACCGCACCUGUAUCAAUAACAAAUGUCAAGACCCAUGCCCAGGAAUGUGUGGACCUAAAGCGGAAUGUCAAAUUGUCAACCAUGUGCCGCAAUGUUCAUGCCUUUAUGGCUAUGUUGGUAAUCCCUACGAUGGCUGUGUUCCCAAACAAGAUAAUCCUUUAGACCUCUGCAUUCCGUCACCAUGUGGACCAUACAGCACGUGCACAGUUGUGAAUAAUCAAGCCCAAUGUACAUGUUUACCGGAUUAUACUGGCGCACCACCUAAUUGUAGACCGGAAUGUGUAACUAGUCCAGAUUGUCCACUUAAUAAGGCUUGUAUACGCCAGAAGUGUGUUGACCCAUGUGUUGGAACCUGUGGUGAGAAUGCUGAAUGUCGGGUCCAUCAUCAUAGUCCCUACUGCAAUUGUCUCGCUGGGUACGAAGGAAAUGCAUUUGUGCGAUGUACGCAAAUACAAAAGACACAGCCAAAACAACCUGCAUGUGAACCAAAUCCUUGCGGACCAUAUUCAACGUGCACAGAUCACAGUGGGUCAGCAAUUUGCGCCUGUAAGCUUGGCUAUAUAGGUGCUCCUCCACAUUGUGCACCAGAAUGUACGAUCAAUGAAGAUUGUCCUAAUGAUAAGGCUUGUGUUAGAGAAAAAUGCGUUGAUCCUUGUCUCGGAUCUUGUGGAGCGUAUACAAACUGUCGCGCUAUGAACCACCUCGCAAUUUGCACAUGUCUCGAUGAUUAUCGAGGCAAUCCCUUCACUGGCUGCUAUAAAUAUAAUGAACCAGAAACUCCAGUUGCCGUGGAUCCUUGUGCCCGCUCUCCCUGUGGAACUAAUGCUUUAUGCAAUAACGGAACUUGCUCAUGCAUACCCGACUAUCAUGGAAAUCCAUACUUUGAAUGUAGACCAGAAUGCACAAUAGAUACUGACUGCCAGAAACAACAAGCCUGUGUCAACUAUAAAUGUGUAAAUCCUUGCAAAAACGCCUGCGGUCUUAAUGCUAUUUGCAAUGUUUAUAAUCAUAUUGCCAUUUGCGAAUGCCCAUCGCCGCUUCAAGGAGAUGCGUUUAUUUCCUGUCGACAAGCCGUCAUUCCAACAGAACCUGUGGUAACGGAUCCCUGUACGCCAAACCCAUGUGGACCCAACAGCAUUUGUCGUGCAGACGGAACAAUAGCGCAUUGCUCUUGUCGACCUUCAAUGUACCACGAACCACCCAGCUGCCGACCCGAAUGCCGCCUGGAUUCUGAAUGUGCUCCCAACCUCGCUUGCCGCAAUGGAAAAUGUAGAGAUCCAUGCCCUGGUUCCUGUGGUGCACAUGCGUUCUGUCAAACUAAAAUGCAUUCCCCUAUUUGCGCUUGCCCUGACCAUUAUGUCGGUGAUCCAUUCAUUCGUUGCAUACCAGCGUUGGCCGCAGAACCUUCGAAACAUUCACCGUGUUCGGACUGCGGACCACACUCAGACUGCGUAAAUGAACAAUGUCGCUGCAAAAUCGGUUUCUUCGGAACGCCACCAUUCUGUCGUUAUGAGUGUCUCAGCUCUAGCGACUGUGAAUGGAAUCGCACGUGUACAAAUAGGCGUUGUGUUGAUCCUUGUCCGGGCGCUUGCGGUCAAGGCGCUAUUUGUGAACCCGUUGCACAUGAACCACGUUGCAAUUGCCCUCCAUCUACUACAGGAAACCCACUCUUCGCAUGUCGUCCCAUCGAAAAAACUCGUAAGACAGAUUUAACUGGGAGAAAUGUUGCUUUCCGGUGCCCAAAAAACAAUUAUAAAGACAAUUAUGAAAUGCUAUAA